GAUGAUGCCCGCACACUUUCAMUUAUACAACCGGUGCUUCAUGUUGAAAUAAAAAUUUGGAACACCACAACGUCAAAUUUGGGACCCAUUGGCGUUGCUCAUCCAUAUAGGGUAGCGAUCCGUUCCACUCUYAGUGAAGGAUAAGAGGUAUUGCACGGUAGUGAUUCUGAUUGAGUAGAAGGAGCGGAGGAAUAGAAGCGAAAUCAUAUUUUCAUCCAUUUAUAUGGAAGAAGUGAAUAUUGAAGACCAUCGGAACAAUGGAUGCACAAACAGCCUAUCGCAACGAUACUCCUCUACUCUUGCUUCUCGAUGGGAUUCUAUCCCAAGACGAACAGCGCACCAAGAUUGCUCUUUCACAAAUCGAGAAAUUAGAUCCUUCCUUUCGAUAUCUUCAUCACUUUGUUYGCACAGUACAAAAUGCAAACGAAUACUCURGUCAUGCUUCCUCAGGUUCAAACUCGAAUGAAAAUGGAAACUGCCUUCUGUGCGACUCCCCCCUUCGCUCGGCGUCAGCGUUGGAGACCAUUGUUCGGCGUCUGCUAACAAUCCAACCACAUUUGGCACAGGUCUCUAGCAAAAGCGAUGGAUCACUUCCGCUACACUUUGCUGCCUCAAUUGGAAACAUUCGAAUCGCUGCACUCCUGCUUGACUGYUAUCGGGAGGCUGCCCUUACACACAACACCAAGGGAAAGAUUCCUCUCCACUACGCGGCCCGAGAAGGACGAACCGAGAUGGUCAACUUCCUCUUGCGAAUAGUCCCGUCCUGUGCUGCUGUCCUUACGAAAAAGAGCAAGCUUGCUCUGCAUUUUGCGGCGGGGGAGGGACACGUUGCCGUUGCCCGCAGCUUGCUGAGGGUAUAUCCGGCCGGAGCCAUCCUUCCCUCGAAAAAGGGAAAGAUUGCUAUACAUUUUGCGGCACGAUGGGGACACAUUGAGAUUGCCCGCGACCUCUAUCGAUUGUAUCCUGAAUCCAUUCAAACCCAGGAUUACGAUGGGUCCAACCCGCUUCAUGAUGCUACRAGGGAAGGCCAGCUGGAAAUGGCCAAGUUUUUGGUAGAGGUUUGCCCGGCCGUAAUGACAAAAUCCAACCUUCGGGGCGAAAUACCCCUCUUUUCGGCCAUUCGAAGCGGGAAUUUGCAACUGUGCGCGUUUCUGAUCCGGGUCUGGCCCGAAAGCGGAAAGCGGGUAUUGGAAACCAUUAGUGAUCCCGAUGAUGUUACCUCUUGGGAAUUACCGAUAUUGGAUCUUUGUUUGCGAGGAGCAGUUGCUAACUUUAACAAUUUAUCUCCACAGGAACGAAGCUACAUCGAAGAUAGUGGUUCCGGCAUUUUCAGUCGAGGCCACAACGAGAGCAACAAUAACAUUGACGGGGAAUCGGUUAACUACCAAAUUUUUGGACACGGGGUUCUUUCUAUAAUACAACACCAACAAAAUGGAGGCUUGAUAUACUGUAGCCAACGGCCGAAUCUUACCCAAGAAUUCCCAUUUCGGGAUAGCGGCGACCGUAUGAGUCGCAUAGCUAGCGAAACAUCAUUGGAGGUWGCUUCCAUUUCGGAUGCGAGCAAUUACAUUACUACUAUCCCCCCKCCACGACUCCCUACCGACCUGGACAUAAGUUUGCCAAGAUCGAAAUCCCCAGUGCUUAACACGGAAGCUUGCUUCAAGAAACGCUCCGCCUCGAACGGGAAAAAUGGCARCAAGAGACAGCGCUUGGGARGCAUAGAUGACGAUGAUGAAGGAGACGAUUGUGCAACGACAUUUGGCCUCCAGAACAAAACCUUUUAUCAGGUUCAUGCGGCCUUGGAAUGCUCAGCAACCACCAGCGUCCUCAAUUGUGUUCUGGAACGCUAUCCUGAACAACAAAAGCUCGCAGAUGACUACGGGCGACUUCCCCUGCAUAUAGCUAUUUCGCAUUGUCGAUCUGAAGGAUCUGUCGACCUUGUAUUGGAGAGGAUAUGGAAGCCCAAUCCCCAUGCGAGUUUUACUCGAGACAAAUUUGGCCGAUUACCCCUUCAUCUAGCAUUGAUGGCUCGUGCCGAUGCUCGGUUGGUGAGAGUCUUGCUAGAGGCCAACCCAUCCAGUGCGGUCGAAAAAUUUGGCCACAGGAUGCCCAUACAUAUGGCGGCAUCCAAUAAAUGCGAUCUGAGCACAAUAUUUAUGUUGGUACGGGGAGAUCCUGCCAUGGUUCAAAGUUGGAAAAGCUAAUCAAACUCCAUCGAGAAAUAUUCUCCUGUUACCAAGCAAAGUAUAAUUUUAUUCAUAUGAGAAAAAUUUCUCAUUGCUUCGGCAUCUAUUGAUAUUGCAACCUGAUUCGUUCUGUUCAAACAAGAAAUAGUAAUACUAUUAUUUGCAAGCAAUACAAUUAAUACAAGUAACUUAUGAUU